AUGAAUGAUUACAUUCACAGAAAUGUGCACUCCAUUUCGAAGAAAAUACAACUGAUGAGCGAAGAGGAAGUGCAAAAGAAGUAUGUCAUUGUUGAAAAUAGCGACGUAAAAAACAAAAUGAAGUUGGAAGAGUUUAUUAAAAACAACAGGGGAAUAAAUAACGGAAAAAAUAUAGAUAGAAUAUAUUUGGAAAAUCUGUACAACUGCAUACUGCAUGAAGAAAUUAAGCUGUUCUCCAACACAGAGAGCUCCUACACAAAUGACAAUCAGUACUGGAAGUUACUCGAAAAGAGGAAAGAACAGUAUAAAAAUUAUCAUUCAUUUAAGGCAAAGGAGGUGUACUUCUACAAAUUUGACAUCAACAAAUUGUUAAUUAAGAAUAACUUCAUUCCGAUUUUUUUCGAAAUUUUCAAGCGUACCAGUGAUUACAACUUGACAGAAAAUUGUCUGAGCAUAUUCAAGAUGGCCAUAACAAAUUUUGCCUACUACCAUGAUGUAGAAAAUAUAAAUAAAAUGUGUUAUAUAUUUAAAUACAUCAAUUUUUAUUUGACGCAAAAAUCACAGUCAUUACUGUACCUCUUAUUUCAUCUCAUCAAAAGGUGUCACAAUUUAUUUCGAGACGGGUGGGUAAUAUACAUAAAUGUUUUGUGCAAAUUAAUUACCAUAGAUUUAGUCCCCAUCUUUUUUUAUCCCCACAUGUAUAUAAACAGUGCCCAAUUUAAUAACGAAAAAGAUUUCCUCCACAAAAAGUACAAAAAGGGAAACUGCGUGGAAACAUAUAAUAUCAAUAAAAGCAUAACAGAAAUUUAUCAACACCCACAUCUGAUAUUCAAAAAAAAUAUUAAAAAAAUGAACAAGUCAAAAUGGAUAGACGAAUUCAGUAGUAUGUUCUUUUCCAGACAUAGCAAUAAUGAAAAUUCCAAUUUGUCAAUCAUAUUUAGAGAAAGCUAUUCUGAGAAAAUCGAUGAUGAUAAAAAGAAAAGAAAAAAAAAAGACAAAACACAGGAACAUGCACAUAAGGAGAAAACGAAUAACAUGUCUAUUAUUAAUGCAGAAAUAAAACAAACGGAUGAAGGAAAUGAGGACGAUGAUGAUGAACAUAAUGAUAACAAUGACGAUGACGAGGAAGAUGAUAAUGAUGAAGAUAAUCUCAACCAUAUAUAUGUACAUAUUAAAGUGGACCCCAAAAAUGUGGAUAAUAGCUCCAUCAUAGACAAUGUUACCAUUUAUAAAAGACUAAAAUUAGAUGUUUACAACUUUUUUACCAUAAACGAUUUUUACAAUAAUAUGAUUACCAAUUUGAACAUCACCAGUUUUGUAUACUUGAUCAAAAUUUUAAUGAUUAAGUGUUCAGUUACCAAGCACAGUGAACAGCAUAACGCAGCCCAGGGAAGUAGAACCGAUCUGCAUAACUCAAGCCUAAAAAUGCAAAUUAUAGCGAAUCACAACUAUAUGACAAAUGAUAAGAGCGUCGGUACUCAUAAUGCCUACGAAAGUAUUAAUGACUGCAACCCAGUUUUAAUAAACGCGGAUAAUUCCUUCGAUUUGUUUUGCAACACGAAGGAAAAACUGCUCACGUCACAGAUGCUCUUUCACAUUAUGUAUUUUAAGAUUAACUACACCUAUGUGUUGUAUAGCAUGAUUUGCAGAAUGGGUAAAAGGAGUGCUACAAAGAUAUUCAAAGAAGGGGAUGCUCAACAGAAGUGUGGAAAAAUGAGCUCUCCGAUAAAUUUACUUGUAGAAGAAACCCUAAGGGGAGACACUCAUCGAAGCGCGGUAAAGAACGAGGAUGACGAAAAAAAAAAAAAUCGGUAUGACCUCACUUUGAAUAAUAUUUACGACACGGACAAUUCGACCAACAUCACGUCCAGUGACUCAGAAUUCAGCGACAUAUCUAGCGACUCCUUUUUUAUAAGAAAGAAUGACCUAACUGCUGAACAAAGUGGAACGUACGGAGAUGGAGCUGAGCAACAAAAGGGGGACUCCCAAGAAAAACAGGACGAACCGCAUAAACACAAGGACGAAUUUGAUAAGAUUUACUCGUACGCCAAUGAUGACGAUGGUGGCAGUGAGGACGCCUGUGACGAAGCCAGCUCGGACGACAGCAUCGAUGCGAGUUGCGAUGAGCGUAACGACGCCGAAGCGCAUUGCGGACCCCUCCCCGCGAGUGGCACGCACAGCGCAAAUACACACAGCGCAAGCGAAAUGAUGCACGAGGACACCAACCCGAGGAGCAAUCCGAGGCGCAACCAGAGGAGCAACCUGAGGAACAACCCGAACAAGUGCAUCCGAACAGAUAAAGGAAAGGAGUUUCUAAUGGACAAAAUUAAGAUGAACCUGUACACAAAAACGUACAUUAUGCACCUAAAAAUUACCGUAAUCACGUUUGAGCACUUCUUUAACCUGCUGAAUAAAUUCCUCCUAAUCAACUAUGACAGUAGCAUCUUUGUGAGCAUUUAUAAUAGCAUUUUUAAGGACUACCAAAUGGAAGACAUAAAAUUUGUGACGGAAGAAGAUAUCGCAAAUGAUCACAAGUUGUCAUACCAGAUCUAUGAGGAGAAUUUCGAAAAUAUCAACAAAAAGUUACAUUACAAGGAGGAAAAGGUAGCCAUAAACGACAUAGAAAAAAACAUGUUUCUUAUAAAAAUUCCAAAGACGGAAGCAGAAGAGGACUGGCUAUUCAUUGAACAGCUCAUCAUGAGCAUCAUCAAUUUCUCGUACAUUUGUUUUAGUAUAUACAAAGAUGACAAACAGAAAGUGAGCAAAAGGGGAACAAGCAAAUCGAGCAGUGUGCACAUCUUCGCAGACAGUAGCUAUGCACAGCUUAGGGAAAAAAACAGCAAAUUUUUUUUCCUCUGUGGAAUAUACCUUAUGUACAUUUUACAGUUCCUGAAAAAGAACAUUCUCUAUAGAUUCAUCGACAAAAUAAUUUACAUGUUGGAGAAAAUCUCGAAAAACGUUUACGUGAACAGCUGCAUCAUUAACAUAUACCUGCACAUGUUGCAGCUCAUCACGCCGAACAAUAUUCUGUACAAAAAUACAAACAACACGAACAUUUCGUUAAAUGAUAAAGAUAUUUAUAUUUACAUUGAAAAGGCAACCAUCUACACGGAAAGUAUUAACAACAUUAUUAACAAUAAUAAUGUGCUGCUAAAAUUGAACAAUUUUAAUAUUGAAAAUAUUAUUCUCUCCCUUCUCCCCUAUUUGCUAUAUUUUAAUAAUAAGAAGGAAGAAAUUAAUGCACAUAUCGCGUCCAUUAAUUCAGAGUGCCUUCACAUUAUUUCGAACAUAUAUUAUAAAAGUACGUACAUGUAUAUGAACAGCUCGAAGAGAACAAAUAAGGGAGACGACACAGAGGGAUCUUGCCAAAAUGACAACUAUAACUCCAGUUUGUGCAAAGAGUACAAGGAAGAUAUCGCAUUUGAGAACAUCAUCGAGUUGAAAAAAAUGUACAUCUUUCUGCUCAUAUGUUUUGUUUUGUCUCUGGCUUGCUCCUUCAGCUCCAAGAGAACCAGAAGUGAAGCCUACAUAAAGCUGCAGCAGUUUUUGUUUAAUGAGAAUUAUAUUUUUAAAAAGGUGAAAAAGCCCAAAGGGGAAAAUUCGGCGAGUAGCGGCAAUAACAAAAGCGAAAAAAAUUGCAAACAGGAGAAGUACGUAUAUAGGGACGAAAAGUUGAUAGACUUGAUAAGCAACUUUAUCAUCCUGCCCCUCAUCACGUACAAUUACUACUUCCCCUUUAUUUGCAAAAGUGUGCAUUGGGGCGAGGCGGCUGAAAAGGGGGGCAAGGAGGCUAAAAGUGUAGCGAACAGUGGAGCGAACAGUGGAGCGAACAGUGGAGCGAAAAGUUGCAUGAACGAAGUCCAGUGUGACCAGAAUGAUCAGCGAAACACAGCUGCGCACGCGAAGAACAACUACUGCAAGGAAGCCCUCCUCAACUUCAACCUGUACAACAAAAGGAACAACGACAUAUCGAGCAAAAUGUGGAAGAAGAACGAAUACGAAAACUGCGGCUGCAUUAUUAAUUACAAAAACUUAGAGACGGUGGAUCAGGAUCUAAAUGUGCUAACCAAUUUGUUCAACUAUGCCAAUGAUUAUUAUAUACACACCAUGCUGCAUAAGCAGUACAAUUACUACUUCAGCUAUUUGUACGCCAAGAAAAUGCUAAGCUACGACAACGUGUGCUACAGGAAAAGCAUGAGCAUAAGCUUCGUGAGUCACAUCAUUUUGUCCUUCCUGCAUUCGUUACUGAAUUACGCGGGGGAUGGAUGCGAGCACAUCGAUGAAAGCAAAGAGGGGUCCCAUAACGACCAUAGCGAACCCACCAACGAAAAAAACGAUUCGACAUCACCAGUUGAUUGCAGAGAAUCGAAUGACAUUAACCUGUAUGAGCUGCUCUGCCUAAAUAAUGACAGAUCGUGCAAUAAAAUUGUCACCAAAACGAAAUGUGAAAAUAAUUGUAUCUUCUACUUUUUGAAGCAUUUUUACCACGCACUACUAACGAUUAAGGAAGAAGCGAAGAAAAUUUUAAAUAUUUACAAAGAAACCUUUAUCGAGAAUAUUAAAAAUAUGAUCUACGUCUCAUCGUCCUAUGCGUACUGCUUGAAGGAUCAUCGUGUCAACUGCUUUGCGCAUAUAAAAAAUGGCUAUUCUUUCCUAAAUGAGGAGGAGAAGAAGCUGUUAAAUGCGUACAAUCUGGAAGCUGCAGAAAAGGCGGAAAAGGCAGAAAAAGCGGAAAACUUGCUCGAGUCCGACAAGGAAGUUUUUAAAAACAUAUCGAAAUUGCAAGUCAACGUGAGGAUUAGUAUCGUCAUCGUUUACUACAUUCUGUACACAGAUAACAACCAAAAUGAGCAAUUUAAAAAUAUCUUCGAAGAGUUACUAAAUGUCUUGUUGACCAAAUAUAGCGUUAAGUCAGAGGCAACGGACAGUAAUGCGGAUCCCAGCGCUAAAUCGAAAACGGCAGAUGAUCAAACGGAUCAGCAGCCGGAAAAUUUACCCAAUGACCCCGGGAAGAGCGAAGAAAAUGAAGGCACGGAGAAGCUAGAUAAAAAGGAAGAACCAUCUGACCAAAAGGCAGAAAAGGACAACGAUGAUGCAAAUCUACAGACGGGCGAACAAAAUGAGGAGGCUAAAAACUAA